AUGGCAACUAAAAUUUCCACAGAGAUAUUAACUAUAAUUUUAAGAAAUGUUCAAUCAUCACGUUUAACUCAAGAUUUAUAUCCAUCAUUAUUAGUUAAUCGAAUCUGGUGUAAAGUUACUAUACCGUUACUUUGGGAAUUAACGUUUGGCAAAAAAUGUUAUAAGGAUGAUAAGAGGAAGUUGAAAAAGAAAGCAUUAUGUAUUCGAACUUAUAUAUCAUGUAUGGAUACUCAAGCUAGAACUUUGCUUACUCAAAAUGGAUUUAAUUUAUCUUCUUCACCACCUCAAGCUAUUUUUGAUUAUCCAUCAUUCACUCAUAAAUUUAUUAUCAAAAAUUUAGUUUAUUUUAUUUCUAUAUAUUCACAACAAAUCAUUGAUCGUUGCACAUUUUUGGAAUAUUUUAAACUACAUGAAAAAUUUUCUAAAAAAAAUCGUAAUUAUGGUGAUUUAAUUACUACAAUUCUCGAUUUACCCGGUGCGCCAAAAGUUUUUAAAAAAUUAGAAAGUUUUACUGCGAUAAUAAGAAAUAAUGAACAGAUUCGUCCAUUAUAUGAAUCAUUAGCAUUAAUUUUAAAAUUUAUUAAUGUUCAAAAACGUUUAGAAAAUAUAACAAUUUAUGCUAGUAACCUAGAUUGCAAUUCAUUAUUAUGGGCAAUAAUUAGUCAAAAAGAAACAUUAAAGAGUCUUUAUUUAAUGUCAGCAAAUUUUUCUCAUUUCAAGGAGAAAUCAUCACCAAUUGGACAAUUCACUUCGCUUCAAAAACUUUAUAUUGAAAAUUGUGAUGGAUUGGAUAAUUCGGAUUGUUUAUUCUUGGCUUCAUCAUUUACUCAAUUGAAUAGUUUUCAUUAUUUUCAUACAAGAAAUCAAUUUAAUGGGUAUGCUCAAGAAUUUAUUAUAAAAAUUCUCGAAACAGCCAGUACAAAUUUAAGAAAUAUUUGUCUAGUUUUGCAUCGCAAAAUUACUUUUGGUAAAUUUUCAACAAUUAUGAAUUAUUGUACAAAGAUUGUCGAAUUAGCUUUAUAUAAUUUAAAUCCUGAACAAGUAAUAGCAAUAUUUAAUAAUAAUUUUAAUGAAUUGAGAAAAUUUUCAUUUGGUUGUGGAGGAGAUGGAUUUGAUGCUAAUGAAUUAUUAUGUAAAAUGGCCGAGAAUAUACCAAAAUCGCUUGAAACUAUUAAAAUUAUAAUGUUUUAUGAAAAUCAAUGGAUAUUCAGUGCUGAUAGUUUAAGAAAAUUUUUUGAAGGAUGGCAUCAUAAAGGAGGAAGAAAUAAAAGGAUUAUUGUAAAACGCCCAAAAAAAGCGCGACUAUUUACAUUAAGUGAUGAAAAUAUUAAAGUUAUUGAAGAAUAUGGGGUUCAAUUUGAUAUAGAAUAA